AUGAACGAAGAUGGGUUGAAUAAUUUAAUCAUAGAAGAUAUAAUAAGAAAAAAUAUUGAAGAAAAGAAAGAAAUUGUUGGUAAAAUAAUAAAAUUUAGAGAUAGGAUACCUUUAGUAGAGUAUAAAAAGAAGGAUGAUGAAAUGUACAUAUGUUCCAAGUACUAUUUUAUAAACAAUAUAUAUAUUAAGGUGAACAAAGAAAAUGAUAAAAUUAAACUGAAUUUUGUAAAUAAUAAAGAUAACGAUGAGAAGGAAGAUUCAAAUUUUUUUCAUACAAAAAGAAGCAUGGUGGGUGAAAUGUUGAAUGUAGAUGAAUGCUCUAACAAGCUACAUACAGAAUCAUCCAAUGACAACAUGCAUGUAUAUACAUACAAUGAUGAGAUAUAUGAAGGAGAUUACACAGAUAUAUUAAAUACAGAACUAGAUAAUGAUAUAAUAAACGAUGAAUUUGAAAGCGAAAUGCAGAAUACAGAAUUAUGUAGUCAAAUGCUGAAUACACAAUUGGAUAGCGAGAUGCUGAAUACUGAAUUAUACAACCAGAUGCCAAACACAGAUUUCGAAAACUUGGUUCUUACUAAAUUCAGGGAAAGGAAAUUAAUUAUUAUUUUAAGUGGAACCUCAGGGGGAGGCAAGAGCACCUUAAGUUGUUUAUUGGGACUUUUUUUGAACAUUAGACGAAUUCUGUCAACAGAUGUCAUACGAGAAGUUUUAAGAAAGUAUGAAAUAAAGGAUGAUAAGUUUCUUAAAUUUUCAACCUACGAAUCUUGGAAAUUGAAUGGAAGUGAAGAUGAAGAAACAGAUAAAUAUGCGAAACCAGGUGAGGCGUGCAGCUGCAAGAAAAAUCCAGAGAUAAAUAAUGGUGAUAUCCAUAAAAGAGAAGGUUGUAAUGUAUGCAAACAAUAUAACCCAGAAAAUACGUACCCUGAAAUGAAGAAAACAGAAAAUAUGGAAAAAAUGCUGCAGAGGUGUAUCGAAAAUUACUCAAAACAAUGUGAAUUAUUGUUCAAUUAUAUUGAUGACAUAAUUAAUGAUCAUAUAACAAGUAAAGAAUCAAUUAUCAUUGAAGGGGUGCAUGUAAACGCAGAUAUGAUAAGUAAAUUGAGCAAAAAAUAUCCAAAUAAUAUUAUCUAUUUUUUAGUAUAUAUUAAUGAUAGGGAGACAAGUAUUCGUAGAUUUUCAAGCAGAUCUACACAUUCUAAUAAGGAAGAAAAUAAGUAUAUAAAAAAUAUUAAUUAUAUUAAUCAUAUACAGAAGUAUUUAUUAGAUGAGACCAAAUAUUUACAUCCAUCCAUCAACUAUAUUGAAAAUAUAGACAUAUAUAAUUCAUUAGAGAAGGUCCUCAGAAUAAUUUAUUCAUUCGGUUAA